AUGCGUCGUACUAGGAGUGCAGGGAAUGAAGACCUUUUGUUCAACAAGGAGAUUGAGCGACUUGUCCGACUGAACAACGCUAACAGACGUAGGGCAGAACAAGAGGCACAGGCAAGAGAGAGACAUUUAGAAGCAGAGAGAGAGAUGGCAGAAAAUCCGGAACGACAGAAUGACAACAACAACAACAGGACCCUUCGAGACAUGAUGUUCCCAAGCAACCUGAAUCUCAGGCCGUCAGCAAUAGUGUUACCCGAGAUCACUGGAAAUUGGGAGUUGAAGCAUACACUAAUCCAAAUUUUGCCCAAGUACAGUGAUAUGCCCGGAGAAGACCCUCAAAGGCAUUUACAAGACUUUGAGAUGGCGUGUGGAACAGUGCGCACCGCAAGUCCAGCCCUUGGCGAGUACAUCCGACUCCUCACUUUUCCGUUCUCUCUAUUAGAAGGAGCGAGGGAGUGGUUGUACGAUUUGCCCGAAGGAAGCAUUCGGACCUGGCAAGAGCUGCAGAGCAAGUUUUUAGAGCGAUACUUCCCAGCCGCCCGAAUCCAGAAUUUGAGGACUCGAAUAAGUAACAUCAAAAUGGGGACGGGAGAAAUCCUCUAUGAAUACUGGGGAAGGUUCAAGCAGAUGUUGGCCAAAUGCCCACAACACCAAAUACCGGAUCAUGAUCUUAUUCGGUAUUUCGUGGGAGGACUCCGAAGACAAGAUAGACAAUGGUUACACGCUGCAUGUGGAGGAUCGAUCUUAAACAAAUCUGCAGCGGAAGCUUUCAAGCUCAUAGCCGACAUGGCAGAGGAAUCGAGAGAUGAGGAAGGGACUAUAGUCAGUACUACUCCGGUGCCGGCUUCUUCUGCCCAAGAUGAAAAGUUGGACAAGCUCUGCAACAUGUUCGAGAAAUUUAUGACGAAUCAAGGAACACCCAAUCAAGGGAUUCCCAACAUUCAGAAGCCUGUGAAGCUAGGAGAAAACAACGGAGGGCAGAACCAGAAACCUUUUGAGCCCUACAGGCAGCAGUACAACAAUCAAGGAUGGAGGCAACAUGAGAACCUUAGGUACGGCAACAACAACUUUUUGGGGCCAAACCAAGGACAGACGAGUAACCCACCACAAUACUCGCAACAACCUCAACAGGGAAGAGGAUCCUCCCUAUCAGAGCUCGUGCAUCAAAUGGCCCAACAACAAAUGAAGUUCCAGCAAGAGACCGAAAAGUUCAUAAUGGAGACGAGAGGAUGA